GCAGCUGGUAGAGUUCUCACAGCGAGUGUUUCCGCUCACCUAAAAUAAAGAGCUGUCGAGCCGAGGACAAGGAACAACCAGACACAACUGCUGGAUACAGUCGACGAAAACAUUUUUUUGGCUAUUCUUUUACCACAUUCGGGACUGGCGGUCUCCGUUUACAACACCAUUAAUGCCUCGAAUGUGAAGCAGAAAGAGGGGGGCUCGUUGCUGGUAACCUUUACGUUGGUUAAGCCGUAGAGGACUCUCGCUGGUCGCCGGAGGAAAAGAUGUGCGAUGGAAUGGUAGCGUUUCAGACGAGAGCCCUAUCCUCCUCUUCUUCCUCCUCCUCCUCCUCUUCCUCUGUAGCCCACAGGCUGGCUGCCUCCGCGCUUCUUCUCCUCUUCACCCUGCUCCCUCAUGGUCACGCAUCAGGCUGUGCGCGGCCACCAGGUGUACAGCACGGAGACCUGCUGAAUCAGACUGAGGCUAACCGGGGCUCUUUUCCCCCGGGGACCCUGCUGACCUAUGGCUGUGAGCCUGGAUACAUUGCAGAGGGACCCGUUACUAUCAUUUGUACCAGCUCUGGAGCCUGGUCCCCUGAGCGCCCACACUGCGUUCGAAAUAACGUAUGUUCACCCCCCACUGAACCAGAGAACGGGGGUUACCGCUGCCACCCCUCUCCCUGUCAUCGCCUCACCCAGAAAACCGUCAUUGAGUAUUUCUGUGAUGAGGGCUACGCUCUGAAGGGAGACUACAAGUUCCUCACUUGCCAGAAUGGCGAGUGGGACGCCCCAAUGCAGAUUAGCUGUAGACAAACCCCAGACAAGGAGCCACGUUCUCCUCUGGGAAUACCAGCUCUCUCUAUUGUGGCAUCCACAGCAAGUUGUGUGGCUCUCAUCCUGCUUUUAGUGGUGCUGUUUGUUCUUGUACAGCCAAAACUCAAGUCGUUCCACCACAGCAGGAGGGAGCAGGGAGUCUCAGGCCAGGGCAGCUCCAUCAUGGUGGAGGGAGUCCAGGUGACGUUGCCCUCCUAUGAGGAGGCUGUGUAUGGAAACAGUGGAGCCUGCGGUUCGGCCGGUCCUUCUCCUCCUCCACCACCUCCCUCAGUUAAUCCAGAAUCUCGAGUCCCCAUUGUGCUAUCUGAGGGACUCCCCCAGGGGGCCACAGGAGGCCCCGGCCCCGGGACCAGCAGAACCCGCCACCACAGAGACUUAGACUUCUGCCUCCCAUCCACAUCCUCAUCUUCAUUCUCCUCCCGCCGUCACGCAGAGACGGUGUUGGUUCAUCAGGCUCCCUCUUCCUCGUCUUCAUCAUCAUGGGCUAGAGAGCACCCUGGGGGUGCAUGUGCAGCCCCCCUCCCUCUCCGUAGAGACUCUGAGAGUAGCGACCAGCACAGUCUACUCUCUGUCACUUCUACAGAUGACUUUUCUGAUGAUAUUCCUCUGCUGAAGGAAGCAUGAAGCCUGCCAGCCUGCUAUCGGCAUCAGCAGCAGAGCCCUUGUUUCCCGAUCUAUUACUGCUGACCAGGACUGACUGUGGCUGUCAACCCCCCCCCCCCCCCCCCCCCCCCUCCUCCGAUUCCCCCUCAGCAGCCAGCAGAGCAAAGACUACAACUAUGCCCAUUCCCCCUGCAGCCUCUUCUGCCAUUGCUACCCAUACAGAGCAAAGCCAAAAGCCAGUACUCGACUUGCACCACCUCACUGCACCAUAAGCGAUAAUGGAGCACCACCGGACCCGGCUACAGGAUCAAAUGAAGUGGUGCCAGCUCAUCCAAAACCCUAUAGAUCCUAUGUACAUGUAUAUGAGUAAAAGAAACAUGAGUCAAGGUUGUGUACUAUAGGCUAUGUAUUAUCAUACACUUGCCUCCUCCCAGGUGUAGUUCUCCAUAUUAACAUUGCUCACAUCGGCUUCAUCGGAGCGGGCUAUAGCAAUUGAGACACGUAACCUCUGUUGGGGAUAGCUGUGGAUAAAAAUACAUAAAAAAACUUGUGAUGUUUGCUCCUGAUGCUGUGGCGUUCAGAAUCAGAAUUGUCUUCCCGCUGUACUUGAAAAACGUUGUGAGUGAUGGCUGGGUUUUGCGGCCCUCUUUGUGAAUGCUGCAUGUUUUUAGUUUUGCUGUCACAGCACGGUGGCCCACUCUGAAUGAAGCAUGAAGCCUCUUCUGUCUCUGUCUCUCUCUCUCUCUCUCUCUCUAGCUAUCUGUAUCUGGUUGGCAUCUAGCAUAUGGAUUAAUGGGACUGAGAACCACUUAAGACUUAAAAGCAGGGUGCAGCGUUUCACGUCGCAUCGUGUCACAACUAUAAAAAGACCUGCUCCUUUCUUUUCUGUUGCCAGCUGCAACUAGCAACCGAAGUUGGUGCUCCCUCUGUCACAGUAGGUCGGUUGAUUUGCAUUCUGGUCCCUGAAGUACUCCACACAUUUCUAUUUCUGUCUAAUAAGACGAGAGAUUUAAUGUCAUGUUUUAUCUUGAAUGCAAAGAAGCUGGGAGGUUGUCUUUCAACAUAGUGACAGAGCACAUGACUAAACUGAAAUGAUUUUUUUGUUGUUGAUUUUUCCCUCUAUUUAUUGCGUUGCGUGUCUGUUUGGUCUGCUUUGAGUUGGUGAAUCUGGGGUUUUGAGUGCAUGUGUGUGUUUGUCUGCAUCUUCUGUAUGUGUCAGUUCGGCAGGAGAGGACAUGUCCUCAUAUGGUAGGCCUCGAUACAGCCAUUUCCUGAUUCGCCUCUCCUCAGAUCAGAGGCCGGGUGCACAAUGUCCCUGUCUUUCACCAUAGGAAAAAAUCCCUCCUAGCAUUGAGUAAGUCACAUGAACAAACCAGCAUCACGACAGGCAAUGAAUCCAGUACACAAUGUGUGUAUUAUUCAUUCAUUCUUGAACUAGAAUAUUUAUAGUUUUUUGCUGAAUGGCUGGAAAACAUAAGUCUCUGUAGAGAAACCUUCGCAUCCACCUUCAUACUGAGCUGAAGACUCCACGUUUGUGCAUUAUUGACUCAGCUGCAACUGGUUGCAGUGAAAUAAUAAAGUUUUGUUAUAUCGCACCCCACCCCCGCCACUCCAAUCUCACUCUCCCUUCUAAUGCCAAGUGCAAGCUUAAGAGAGAAUCAUGUUAUUGGUUAUAAGUCAUCAUCAGGUUUUUCAUUUCCACUUGAAUAGCUUUGGUCACCCUGGAAACAGCAUGACUCCAUUUUUGAAGAAACACUGCUCAUGAGAAUUUCCCAUGUUUUAAUUUGGCAUUUGUGGCUGUCUGUCGUUGUCAAUGGCUACAUUAUAAAUGUAAACAGAGAAUGUGGCCUUAGACUUGUACAUUUUGUUUUAUUUUUUGUGUAUAAUCUUAAGCCUCUGCAUUGGUUGCUUUACAAUAUUGCAGCGUGUUCUGUUUUCCCAAUGGCCUUACUUUAUUCUUUUUCUAUUCUAUGCAUAAAACUGUCUUGUGUAUUUAUCAGUGAGUUUACUUUUAUUGUGGACACGACUAAAAGAAUGUCCAUCCUUCUCUGUCCUCCCCUAGCUUUUCCAGCUACUGUGAUAAUAAUGAUGAUAAUGAUGAUGAUGAUGAUGAACCUAUAAGCACCUAUAUUUCACUAUUCCUUUGCUUCUCUUUUGCUACAAGGCAUUAAAAUGUUACAGGAUUAAAAGAAGAAAAAAAAACUGAAAUUAACUUUGCAUUCAGAAGCACUGUUGUACGGUGUUGCUUCCCUGAAAAUUACAGGUUUAAAAAAAAAAAAGUACACAUCUUGAUUCUUAGUUUCAACGCUUUCAGCUUUGGUUUUUCCUCUGUACAUGGCAGUGGGUGUGAAAAUAGUAAUUUAAUAUUUGUAUAAAGUUUAAUUUAAUUUUACAGUGUGUAUAUAACUUUCUAAUUAAAGCUUUCUUUUGGAUGUGAAA